CUCUAUCCGUGUAAACGUCGUAUGGUUAUGGAUAUGGAAGUAAUCAAAAAGCAUGCUGAUGUUCAAAUACGUACCAGCUUUAUUCACCGAGAAUUUGAUUAUCAAGAUAUUCGAAAGGAUUUUGUUUAUAAUAUUUUGACAUUUGAUUUAUUGGAGAAACCAUUUAUUGUCAUCUUGUUACCCACUGCAAUAGUGCGAUUAGUGAUUGAAAUCGUCCAGAAGAAUGUCACUCGGGUCACACGGUGGUUGAACCAUGGAUCAACCGGUCAUCAUCUUCAUCUGGGUGCUCAACUGGUGGGUAACCACGAUUGA